AUGGCCCUCACCGUCGUCCCUCAUCAGCCCUUUGCGCCGGAAAAGCCAGAUGCCUUUAAUCCACCUCCGCCAGUCGUGGUCACGCCCUGCGAUCCUUGGCCGCGGCCGUACUACCUCGAGAACGGGCUCCGACGCGUGCACCCGUACCAUUUCACCUAUAACACCUACUGCAAAGAGCGCUGGCGCGGGCGAGAGAUCCUGGAUAUCUUCGCCAGCGAGUUCAGGGAUCGGCCUGUGGAGUACUAUAAACACGCCAUCGAGAGCGGAAAGGUGGUGCUGAACGGCAAACCUGUUUCCCCGGCCCACGUCGUCAAGAACGGGGACAUAAUAUCGCACACCCUGCAUCGACACGAGCCACCUGUCACGGCGCAGCCUGUGGGAGUCGUGCACGAGGACAACGACAUGAUCGUCAUCAAUAAGCCGGCUGGCGUGCCGGUGCAUCCUGCGGGACGCUACAACUACAACUCAGUGGUGGAGAUUAUGCGGGCGGAGCGUGGAUACACUUUCAAUCCGCUGCCAUGCAAUCGGCUGGAUAGGCUGACGAGCGGGGUCAUGUUCAUUGGGAAGCAUAGGCAGGCGGCGGAUAGUCUUACGGUGCAGAUCAAGGACAGGACGGUCAAGAAGGAGUAUGUUGCGAGAGUGGUUGGGGAGUUUCCGGAAGGGGAAGUCGUCUGCGAGCAGCCUAUCUUGCAAAUUAGCCCGAAGUUGGGCUUGAACAGGGUCAGGGCGAACGGGAAAGAGGCGAGGACUGUGUUCAAGAGACUUGCGUAUUAUCCGCCGCAGCAGAAAGACGGUCAAGAAGAUGUCAAAGAGUCCAAUGGCGUAGUCGAAGAUGGCAUGGCGUGGAAGAAGCUGAAAGGCUACUCGAUCGUCCGCUGCCUGCCAUUGACAGGACGCACCCAUCAGCUCCGUGUACAUUUGCAGUUCCUCGGUCAUCCGAUAGCGAACGAUCCGAUCUACUGCAACCAACGAGUCUUCGGUCAGGACCUCGGACGAGGCGAUGAUAACUCAGAGGACGACGAAGACAUCAUGGCACGGUUAGCGAAGAUGGGCAAAUCUGAGGUUGCAGAAGCUGUCGCUUAUCACGAUGAGAUGGUUGACGAGUACAACAAACGGAAGGCGGAGAAGAUGUCAGGGGAGUUUUGCGAAGUCUGCGACACGCCGUUAUACAGCGACCCUGGAGAGCAUGAGUUGGGCAUCUACCUCCACGCCAAGAGGUACGCUUGCGAAGAGGGAAGAUGGUCGUACGAGACGCCCUUGCCAGAUUGGGCGCUGCCUCCACCGGGAAUGGCUGGACCUACUGAGGCGACGCCGGAAAGUGAUCCGCUGGCCAUUGACUUGGAGAGGCUCAAUCUCAGCACCGACAGAAGCGCGACUGUAGCGACAGAUGGGGCUGUCCCAGUAGCACAGCCGUUGGCUGCUGCUGCGUGA